AAUAUCGUGUUUUUGUUUAUUUUCUUCCAAACAAAUGGUCGAAAACGUAUAAAAAACAUCAUUUGAAUAUUAUAACAUUACAACGUAGUAUUAAAGUGGAGUGUUUCAUUCAUUUUCAGCGGUAAAUAAAGGGACGCGCGGGAGAAGUGGGAAUGGCAUUGGCAAAGGGCCUGAGGGCCACACAGGUGGUAGCGGCGAUCCUGUUUGUGAGGAUACUGUCGGUGUUCCUGGUGCAGACGUGGUACGUGCCAGAUGAGUACUGGCAGACCCUGGAAGUGGCCCAUAAGCACGCUUUUGGCUAUGGAGCCUUAACAUGGGAAUGGCAGAAGGGCAUCAGAAGUUACCUCUGCCCUAGCAUCGUCGCUGCUGUGUACUACAUCCUCAAAUUGACUGGUUUGGACUACCCAGAGGCCUUGAUCUUUUUGCCUCGCAUCCUACAAGCUGUAUUAAGUACAGCUGCAGACUAUAGCUUCUACAAAUGGACUGGUGGACGAAAAUGGGCAUUAUUCCUCAUCAUUACAUCCUGGUUCUGGUUCUACACGUCAGGGAGAACCAUCCUUCAGACCACAGAGACAGCUCUCGUUGUUUUGGCAUUGUCAGUCUUCCCGUUCAAGAGUGGCAGGCUUGGUUACUAUGAGAAAGAAAACAACACAUGGCUAUGGCUGGCGUGCGUAUGCGUGUGGGUGCGGGCGUCAUCGGCGCCGCUGUGGGCCGUGCUGGCGGCCUACAACUUCUUCACUACCAACCAGGGACGCCUGCGACUGCUCACGCGCACGUACCUGCCUAUUGGUUUGGUGUGUGGUGGAACUUUGGUAGCUCUGGACUCGUACUUCCACGGCAGUCUCAUUGUUACUCCGUGGGAAUUCUUCCGGUUCAAUGUACUCAACGACAUUGCCUCCUUCUAUGGACAACACCCAUGGCACUGGUACUUGACCCAAGGAUUACCAGCUGUUCUGGGCAUCAACAUCCUACCAGUACUGUGGGGUAUCGUGUCAGUGCUCCGACGCCCCAAGGAAAAUAAGACCGGAGUGCUACUGCUUGCCGCCGCUGCGGUGCAUGUCGCGCUUUACAGCUUCAUCCCGCACAAGGAAUUCCGCUUCGUCCUGCCUCUUCUACCGAUCUUCCUGUACCUCGCCCAAGACGUCAUCGUGCCGUGGAGCAGAAAAGCUAAGAAAUGGCAGCUGUAUCUCCUCACGGGUAUAAUCCUCGUCGGCAACGCAGUACCAGCUUUAUACUUCGGGCUGAUCCACCAGGCAGGCGCUCUGAAGGUGAUGCCGCUGCUGCGAGACCAGCUCGACUCCAACCAGUCCUCCGUGCUGUUCCUCAUGCCCUGCCACUCUACGCCGCUGUACAGCCACCUGCACAAGAACGUAACGACUCGCUACCUGAACUGCGACCCUCCACUCCACAAGACCGGCGAGACUCACGAGUCGGAGGCAUUCUUCAACAACCCGCAGCGCUGGUGGCGCCAGGAGUACAGCACCAAGCAGACCCCUACCCUGGUCGUCAUGUUCGACCUGCUCAAAGGACGUGUUGAAAAUGUGCUAUCUGGGUACAAGCAGAUAUAUGAAGUGCCGCAUACGCAGUUCCCUGAAGGCGAAGUAGGCGAGAAGAUCGUGGUGUUCAAGAAGGUUGACAGCCAGAGGAAACCGGCAGACGAGGCCGUGUAACGCACAUAUUGUUAGUAUAACAUUACUUUCAUACACUUUUCACUCCCAUUUGUGGGAACAGACUCUCUUUCUCUACUGGAAAAGGUAUUUUAACAGCGAUUGAAGCUUCAAAUUGUACUUUAAUAAGUUGUAUAAAGAUAUCAAAAUUAAUAAUUACUUAUAACUUUUGUUGGUCAAUUUGUUUAACUAUGCAACUUUAGAUGUUUCAGUUCACCGACUGAAUUGCGACUUAAACAUUUUAGCUUUAUUGGCUUAACUUACGAUGUUGGUAGAAUCAUCAAUUGUAUAUGGAAUAAUAAAGAUUAAAUAUUUUGUAAAAAGAACACAUUUUGAGGCUUCAAUUGCAAACAGAAACUGACAACUAAAUUGCAUUUUAAUUCUUGACUGCAUACGGCGCUCUUGAAAGCGCAGUUAGUUUCAUAAUGAUCGAGUUAUAAGUAAACAUUGUGUUCCGAAGAUAAAUUACAUUGUAAUGUAGAUAUUUAUACUUAGUACUAGAAUCAGACUAUUUUUGCAAUAUUUUUUCAUAAUGACUGUCUCGAAAUGUUAGCGUUGUGAACGUCGGUUUAAGGCUUAAAAGGUGGUGCAUAAAGAACAAAGCUUAUAUUUUUCAAAUCAGAGGUCUUCAUUCCGGUAUGAAUACUAAUCGAAAUUACUAAAGGAAUAUUUCAUUUUUUUCCUACAAGUAAACAAAGUUUGUUAACAAACACAACACAAAACAAACAAAUCAAAAGAGUUUUUUUUUAUAACAGUCAUGGCGAGCACUUUCUCAUGAUACUGAAAAAUUUACUCACGUAAAAGGCAAUAACGUAGUAUAACAGCGCAGCGCUUCGAGCCCACGCGAUUAGCGAGAUAUACUACACUUUACGUGUAUGGCAAUAGAGCUAUUUUUGCAGUGUUAUCAGAAGGCUUGUUUCGCCGAUGCUCUUGAUCUGCGCUGCCCCCAACAAGUAAAUGAUUUUGUUAGUUUAUGUAUUACAGUUAAGAGAAAAUGACACUUAUGCACCAUCUUUUUCGUCCUAUAAUGUAAUGAAUUGGAUAUUUUCGUAUAUAUUGUGUAUGUGUGUGUAUAGAUUCAGUUUAUCUUUGACACUACAGUUCAUUGAAUCCAUGACUGCAUCUGGGAGUACAAAUAUCUGUCUAUUUCUAUACUCGUUACUCGUAAAUGUUCACUUGCCAAAGUUAGGAAAUCAUUUUGUAACUAACAAAAAAUAUUUUUGUACGUAAUAUUGUAAUAGUCUCUUCGUUCCGCGAUAUCAUAGUUCUUCUUUUGUUGUGAAGUAAAUAAUGGUUGAUAAUGAAAGAAUUUUAAUGGAUUUCGAACGUUUUUCAAAGUUGUAUAUUUUUAUUAGCAUUGGAUUGUAAUUCGUAUUAUUACUCAUAAUACAAAGUGACGUAAAAGGUGUUAGCGAUAGACGUCUCAUCAUCAUCAGCCCAGUAACGUCCCCACUGCAGGGGCACGGGCCUUCCCUAUGGAUGGAUAAGGCCUUAAACCACCACGUGGGCUCAGUGCGGAUUGAUGGUUAUUAACGACUGCUAAUGCAGCCGGGACCAACGGCUUAACGUGCCUUCCGAAGCACGGAGGAGCUCGAGAUGAAAACUUUUUUUUUUGUGGUCACCCAUCCUAUGACCGGCCUUUGCGAAAUUUGCUUAACUUCAACAAUCGCAGACCGAGCGCGUUUAGAGCUGCGCCAACGAGCUCCUCAUUACAGAGAGAUAGACGUCUAGUACACCUUUAAUCGCCUAGAAAGUAAGAAAAGUUCGAAAGAAAAAAGGUUGAAAGAAAGCUUUGUAAAGUAAAUUAACAUUAAAAUUAUUUCAUUUCGUGUUGGGGGUGUGUAUAGAGACUUAUACCACCGAUAGUAGGUCUGAAUGAAUAAGGAACGUUUUGGGCAUCUCAAAUAAGUAGUAAACUACCUUGUUUUCCUAGGAAGUAGGUGAAAUUAUAGCUAAUGAAAUAAAUAGGGCUUAUUUGACAUUGGUAAAUGAAUAUAUUAAUUAAAUACAUUAAAAUUAUAAUUUCAAUUUAUUAUUUACAAUUAUUAUGGAUUUGGAAUGCAAUAAAUUUAGUUUUGGUAUUUUUGGCUAAAUUUAGAUUUACUCGUAGUUUAGACUAUUCUGCUCAAAAAUAAAGACAAGAUUAGAUCUCUACGUUGUCUUUAGGUAGAUUAAAGCAAAUAUUGGUGCUGAUUCCAGUACACACCAUCUAAUUUUAUUUUCAGAAAUAACUAUUGUAUUAUUAAAAAAAAAUUACGAGACACACAUCCAUCUUAGGCAGAAAUUUAAACAACCCUCAAUAACCCGACAGAAUUUUUUAUUAAAAUUCAUAAAUAAGUUAAAUAGAAAAAAUAAUAUGUUUUUCGUUAGAAAAAAUGAAAUGUUUUAUCUGUCUUUAUUUAGUAAUCAGAAUUUCAUAAUUUAUUUUGAACCUAAUACACGACCCAAUUAUGUUGACAACACACGUCAAACGACAUGCCUAUUUGAUCUGCCUCGGCUAUUCAUUAAUUCAAUUUAAAAUUAAAAGCUGUCAACCAUCCGUCCCUUUCUUUUUCGGUGGUUAAGAAAAUGACAGGUAUAACUUAAAAUAAAAUUAAGAUGUGUCUGCAGGAAUCAGGGUCAUUGAGUAUAAUACGAAGGGCUUGAGGGCUGGAUACUUAUAAUUCUUUCUAUUGAAAGAAUGUACUUAUGCCAAAAAUGCAAUUUGACCACCUUAAUUGAAAGCAUUUCUCACACCAGUGGCAUUGCACUUAUGUGCUACUAAAAUUCGUUUGAAUGAUUGGUGUAUUUAGUCCUCUUAGUGACUAUUUUCUGGGAUCAAAAUUUCCGAUUAUUGGUCUAAGAAAUUGGGUCUUAAAUGGUCAUGUAAUUUUAGAUUACGUUAUAAAAGUGAUUAAAAUUUAGCGCCAGUUAUCAAUAAUUUAGAAGUAGGGAAGUACUACUAUUAAUAUAUUCAAUAUACAAACAAUAUAUAUUGAAAAAUAUAAUCUAAAUAUUAUGUAUAAUUUCAAUUUUCAGUAUAUAAAAAUUAUAACUUUUCUAAAUUACAUGGUUAUUGUGGACUUCCAAACGUAUUAUAAAGAACAAUUUUGAGCAAUUUUCUAGAUAAAUAGUUAAUAAUGUUGUUUUUUAAUGUAAGUAAAUGAAAAUGUCUUCUAUAGAUAUGUGAAGUGUGAAUUUUAAUAAAGAUUUUUAUUUUUA